GUCUGUGUUCUCUGCCCGGCAGGAUGCUGGAGGGCCCGGUGCCGGAGGAGCCGGAGCGGGAUUGGGGCUCCGAGGCGCCGUGCGCGGGGUCCUGCCACGCACAGCGCAUCCUGCAGACCCUGAAUGCGUAUCGGCGGAGCAGCACCCUCACCGACGUGGUGCUGCGUGCCGGUGGCCGCGACUUCCCAUGCCACCGCGCCGCGCUCAGCGCGGGCAGCACCUACUUCCGCAGCCUGUUCGCGGCUGGGCAGCCAGAGUGUGGCCUGGCCAUGGUGCCCGUGGUACCCGAGGCGCCGGGUCCGGCCGGGACAGCGGUGGCGACGGCGCUGGCCGUGGUGCUCGACUAUCUGUACGGAGCGGGCGUGCGGCUGCGCGCGGAGGACGAGGCGGCUGCGGUGCUGGCGCUGGCCGAGCGGCUGGGCGUGGCGGGCUUGCGCGAGGCCUGCGCGCGUUUCCUCGAGGGUCGCCUGCGCGCCGCUAACAGCCUGGCGCUGCGUCGCGUGGCUGCUGCCUUCUCCCUCGCCUCUCUGGCCGAGCGUUGCGGCCGCGUGCUGCGCCAGGCCUUCGCCGAGGUGGCGCGCCACGCCGACUUCUUGGAGCUGACGCCCGACGAGGUGGCAGCGCUUCUGGCCGACCCAGCGCUCGGCGUGGCGCACGAGGAGGCCGUGUUCGAAGCGGCCAUGCGCUGGGUGCGUCACGACCCGCCCGCCCGCCGCGGACAGCUGCGGCGCUUGCUGGAGCACGUGCGCCUGCCCUUGCUGGCGCCCGCCUAUUUCCUGGAGAAGGUAGAGGCUGACGAGUUGUUGCAGGCCUGCGGCGAGUGCCGCCCGCUGCUGUUAGAGGCCCGUGCCUGCUUCAUCCUGGGCCGCGAGACCGGCACACUGCGGGCCCGGCCACGGAGAUUCAUGGACCUAGCUGAAGUGAUUGUGGUCAUCGGCGGUUGCGAUCGCAAGGGGCUCCUGAAGCUGCCGUUCGCCAACGCCUACCAUCCAGACAGCCGGCGCUGGACCCCACUGCCCGGCAUGCCCGGCUUCGCGCGCUCAGAGUUCGCGACCUGCACUCUCCGCAAUGACAUCUACGUCUCUGGAGGCCACAUCAACAGCCGUGAUGUGUGGAUGUUUAGCUCCCAUCUGCACACCUGGAUCAAGGUGGCCUCGCUGCACAAGGGCAGGUGGAGGCACAAGAUGGCGGUCGUGCAGGGGCAGCUGUUCGUGGUGGGUGGCUUCGACGGCCUGCAGCGCCUGUGCAGCGUGGAGCGCUAUGACCCCUUCUCCAACACCUGGGCUGCUGCGGCCCCGCUCCCAGAGGCAGUGAGCUCAGCUGCCGUGGCACCCUGCGCCGGCCGGCUCUACGUGAUGGGAGGCGCCGGGCGGGACGGCGUCAGCACCAACAAGGUGCAGUGCUUUGACCCCAAGGAGGACCGGUGGAGCCUGCGGUCACCAGCGCCCUUCUCGCAGAGGUGUCUCGAGGCUGUCUCCCUGGAGGACACCAUCUAUGUGGUUGGGGGCCUCAUGAGCAAAAUCUUCACCUACAACCCUGGCAUGGAUGUCUGGGGGGAGGCAGCUGUCCUCCCCAGCCCUGUGGAGAGCUGUGGCGUGACUGUGUGUGAUGGGAAAGUCCACAUCCUUGGCGGGCGGGAUGAUCAUGGGGAAAGCACCGACAGGAUCUUCACCUUUGACCCCAGCAGUGGGCAGGUGGAGGCCCAGCCAUCCCUGCAGCGCUGCACCAGCUCCCAUGGCUGCGUCACCAUCGUCCAGAGCCUGGGCAGGUGACUCAUACUUGAACCAGGAGGUGGGGAGGGGAGGGAGAACUCAGGUUCACCACUGCUCCCCUCAUGGCACCUCGGUGUAAACAGCCUCUUAACUUAUUGCCCCUUUUCUUGUAGAAAUAAAACCUC